AUGGAGAGUUCCCACCGCCUGCUCCUCGUGGCCGGCCUCCUCGCCGCGGUGCUCCCGGCGGUGGCCGCCGUGUUCGGGCCGCAGUUGGGGGCUCCAUGCGAGCCCACCCUGCUGGCGACGCAGAUCGCGCUCUCCUGCGUGCUCGACAUGCCCACCGCGCACUGCUGUGAGCCGGUCGUCGCCGCCGUCGACCUCGGGGGCGGCGUCCCCUGCCUCUGCCGCGUCGCCGCCGAGCCGCAGCUUGUCAUGGCCGGCCUCAACGCCAGCCACCUCCUCACGAUCUACAUCACCUGCGGUGGUCUCCGUCCCGGAGUCGCCCAUCUUGCAGCAGCCUGCGAAGGACCCGCUCCCCCGGCCACCGUCGUCAGCAGCCCCCCAUCCCGACGCCCCUCUCCUGCACCUCGCCAUGAUGCACCUCCACCGCCGAUGUUGAGCCGGAACGCCUAUUUGUCCUUUCAACAGCACCACCGGGCCUUCUUGGCCAACAAUACGGGGUCUGAUGUGUGUGCCCAUGCCAAAAACCUUGCUAACGACAUCGGUACCGAGUGCGGGCUAUACCCCUCGAAAACCGGAUUAGAAAUUGGCGACGUCAUCAAGUUCUACGCGCACUGUAUGGGGCUUCGUCCCGAAGACUUUCGUCUACCAGCCGCAGGGUGCAGCCAAGUGCUGAACACUCCACCGCUGGAGGGACGAACACCUCCACCAUCACUGGCUGCAGGCAUUACAUCGCUGCCCCAGGCUCGGCUCUCAUCAUCGAACCAGCAUGUGCUUGCAAUUAUCUUAGCGGUUACCUUGUUUGUGCUUGUUGUGAUUGUUGGAGCGCUAGUGGUUCAUUUUGUGUGGAAGGGCAAUGGUUGGUCACAGUUGACAUUGGCGGGGGCUGCAGGGGAGUUGCUGCUGCAGGAAAUUCGGAAACAAGAGAUGAAGUAGUAGACCAGGGGAGGAUGCCAAGAAGAAGAUUAGUUUAUUACCCUCCGCAGUUUAUUAUCCUAGUAGUCCACAGAAUCAGUUUCACUGAGUAGAAGAAACCAGAAUACCCUCAGCAGUCGUCCACAUGAUCUGUUAAAAUGUGUACUUGGCAUUUUAAAUGAG